CUGCCGCUCGCGCGAACCACGCGCCCUCUACGCGCCACGCGAUCAAUAACAUUAACCUACACAACAAAUCCUUCAAAUAUCCUUCUUUUAUCCAAAUAAAGUGCUUCUCCUCAUAGAGACAAUACAUCUUCAAAUUUAAUCAGCAGGUGGACAUAAAUUGUGUAUAAGACUGAACAUGGUAUAUAGUGUGCAAUUAGUUUGUGACAGUGUAUGUAGUAGAUGCGCGUAGUGUCUAGUGACGCAUGUGAACUAUGACGUCACUAAAGCAUGGUGUCAACCUCAGCCGGCGCGCGUGCAGGCGAUGGGUCACGUUUGUGGCCGUGGGCGCGCUCCUACAGGCGGCGCGCGGCAAUCCUGUUGAAAGUACCACAAAAACUAGUCCGUCCAUAACAGUUGAUGGGAUCUCAACGUAUCCCGGGUUGGGGUUCGGACCCAUGGGUCCCGUGGCGCCACUGCCAGGAGAGCCGCUCGGCACGCAACUACGCCAGAACCAGGAGACUACCACUGAUCUACCGACUACCAUCAAACCGAAGAAAGAAAGGACCUUCGUCAUAGCAGCGGUUGAAUUUCAUAGAGUCGAAACGCCUUUCCUGAUUGGCGUGUGGAUAUUUUUCGCUAGCAUUGCGAAAAUUGGUUUCCACAUGGCGCCGAAGUUAUCAAGAAUGUUCCCAGAAUCGUGUCUUCUGAUUUUUGUCGGAGUGCUGAUUGGAGCACUUCUGCUGAGCACCCACAGUGUUCACGUCCAGCCACUCACUCCUGAUACAUUCUUCUUGUACAUGCUGCCUCCUAUAAUACUGGACGCAGGAUAUUUUAUGCCUAACAGACUAUUUUUCGAUCACUUAGGAACAAUAUUGUUAUUCGCGGUAGUUGGCACAGUUUUCAACACGUUGACUAUAGGAGCAUCCUUAUGGGCAUGUGGCCAAACGGGUAUGUUUGGUUGCACCACCCCACUUCUCGACAUGCUACUCUUCGGUGCUCUGAUCUCAGCAGUAGAUCCAGUAGCAGUGUUGGCUGUUUUUGAAGAGAUACACGUAGAUGAGGUCUUGUACAUAGUAGUAUUUGGAGAAUCUCUGCUGAAUGAUGCGGUCACAGUUGUUUUAUAUCACAUGUUCGAGGCGUAUACGGAAAUGGGUCCAUCACGUCUCGUUUACACGGACAUAUUGGCUGGACUGGCAUCGUUUCUUGUGGUAGCCGUGGGAGGCACCUGCAUUGGCGUGGUGUGGGGCUUCGCCACGGGCCUCGUUACGCGCUUCACACACGAAGUCAGAGUCAUAGAGCCGAUAUUUAUUUUUGUAAUGGCGUACCUGGCUUACUUAAAUGCCGAAAUGUUUCACAUGAGCGGGAUAUUAGCGAUUACAUUUUGCGGUAUAACAAUGAAGAAUUAUGUGGAAGCGAAUAUAUCACACAAGUCGCACACGACAAUCAAAUACACAAUGAAGAUGCUUUCAUCGUCUUCAGAGACAAUCAUUUUCAUGUUCCUUGGAGUGGCAACGGUGAACAAUAACCAUGAUUGGAACACUUGGUUCGUUCUAUUGACCAUUGUUUUCUGCUCAAUAUUUCGGAUAAUAGGGGUGUAUAUUUUUAGCGCUGUAGCUAAUAAGUUUCGCUUGCACAAAUUAAAUAGAGUUGAAAAAUUUGUUAUGUCUUAUGGAGGUUUACGUGGUGCGGUUGCUUUCGCCUUAGUACUUCUGAUAGACCCAGAAGUUGUACAAUUACAGCCUAUGUUCGUUACAACUACGAUAGCAGUCAUAUACUUUACUGUUUUCAUACAAGGGAUCACAAUAAAGCCACUUGUCAAAAUACUUAACGUUAAGACAGCUGAAAAAAGAAAACCUACAAUGAAUGAGAGGAUACAUGAAAGAUGUAUGGAUCAUUUAAUGGCUGGUAUUGAAGAUAUUCUGGGUAAGCACGGAAACCACCACAUGAGGGAUAAAUUUAAAAGAUUUGACAACCGAUUUAUUCGACCGUUUUUACUCAGAAAUUAUCAGGGUGCUGAGCCAAAAAUUUUGGAAACUUAUUCGAAGUUAGCUAUGAAAGAUGCGAUAGAGUAUAUGCAACGAAAUGCAUCUACUAUUGGAAAUAUUUCUGGAGCCGAGUCAAUGUCCGCAAUAUUCAAGAACUAUACAAAUGCUAACUUCAACGGAAGUCCGAGCUUUAGCCAAAUUGAUUCUUCAACUUGGAACAUAGACAUGCAGGAAUUGGAGUAUAAUCCGUCCAAAAAAGAUCUUACCGAUGCCAAAAUACACCAUCUCCUUGCUGAAGAGCUGUGUAAACCUUUCAGACGGCAUCGUCGUUUGAGCUACAGCCGCCAUGCUGUUAAUGACCGGGACCUCGGCACACAAGUCAAUUAUAAAACUCAUAUGAAUAUUCGCCGUCGUGUCGGCGACAGAAAACACCAUCAUAAACGCAGUAAACGUGGAAAACAGGAUGGCAAAAAUCAUGUCACUUUCCCUGAAUUCCAGCAAAAUGGUUCGGCAAAACAGUUCACGCACGGUAAAAUAAAGUAUUAUAGAUUAGACUACAUAGACGAGGUGCUGCAAGAGGAUUGCGACGAGCGAGAACCUCGGCGCGACGGCGACGACGGCGGUAUUACAUUUACUGCCAAAUCCCCGCCCGGAUACAAAGAAGUCAGUCCGACGUCCUCGCAUAAAGAAAAUAGUAGUUCACUUUUAAACCAGUUGGCUAACCUGCCGGGAUUCAAUCCUUUGAAAGCGAGGAUCGUCAAGCAGUACGCUAAAACGCCCGAAGAAAUACUACCGACAGCUGUUGAGAAAUCCUUACCGUGGCGAAGGGACAGAUCCACGUAUAACUUUGUUCCCAACGAGGACAUUCUCGAAGAAGAUGAAAGAAGGAACUCGGACGACAAUGACACCUACAUGAUAGUUGCUGAGCAAGCUCGAGUGGCGACACCGACGGCGACAGAGACCAUGCUGCCGUGGAAGCGGGAAGAGACCGAGGGCUCCGGGGCUCUCAAGCAAUCGGAGUUCCCUUCAUGGGCCUCCAACAAGGAAUACUUGGCUUACAGUUCACCCUCCGCUACAUUUUUAGGUGGUAUAGAGAAGCCAAAACAUCCAAAAUCUAUCAUAGGUUUAUUCCGAAGAGAGAGCUCUAGUUCUACGCAAGGCGCUGCUGAUGGUACGGCGGCGUCUGAUUCCGAGGGAAACAAAGAUGGCAGUAAGUCAGAUGCGUCCUCAAAAGAUGUGUCGGGAGGGCGCCCGGGACCUACCCCAUUGUCAAAGAGGAGUACGAGUCUUGGCGGUCCUUCUGUAUUGCUGAUGGAGGAUGUAGCACAUUCGGACCCACUGGGAGCAUCGAGCAGACCUGCCAGCAUCAUGCAAGGGCCACACCGGGGACAAUGCAGAAGAGGAUCUAUGUUAGAAUUAACUGGUUCGUUAUCUCGAGAUGCCAUAACAGAAGAGAAAUGCAGCAAAUCGUUGCCAGAAAGUGAACGUAUGGGCGUACGAAGACUUCCUCUGGGUCAGCAAAGCCUCCCUCGGGAACCAUUCAUCCGACAACUGACCAUGGCAUCAACUUUGACUACCAGUUCAUCAUCAGACGACUCGUCGGAUGAGAACACCUGAGUGCCCCGCCGUGGUGACCCUGACAGGUUGCCACUGUUAAAAUAUAGGACCCUAGAAUAAAAAGUGAUCUCAUGUCUGUUUUAUAAGAACAAACUAGUUUCUAAACAGUGCUGUGAAUUUGUGGUGUGUAGAAUAAGUGAAAAAAUACUAUAAUUUAAAUUGCGCUAAUAAAUAAAGCCUUUUGUAGUUAAAUCAAUCUUGUGACAAGUUUUGUAAGUUAAAGGUUAGGUAACAGAAAAGUUUCAUGUUUGGCAGUAGUUGAAACACUGGGACGUGUGUACUUCGGAUAUUAUGUGAACAAACCGUUGUUAUUAUACCUUCGAUGGGCAAUUAUUAUAAUGCUCGUGCUUUUAUUUAAUGGUAAAUAUUAAAUUAUAAUCAUCACUAACAAAACAAACGCACAUCGUAUAGAUAGAUUGUUAUAAUGUACGUCUAUAAAUAAAUUUCGUUACGUUGAGUAGGAUUUAUUAUUUAUUCUUGUUCUAGGAAAAGCAAGAUACUUUGCCUCUGUAGUUAUUGUUGGACUUUCACACUGUAAAUACUAAGUUAGUUUUAUAGUAAAGCGUAUUCAAUUUACUCAAAUUCUUGAGGCACUGUGAAUGUUGUAGUAGCAAGCGUCGGGCACAUUUUCCUGUCGAUUGUUUGCGAAAUUCUCAUGCUGUUUUAGAUGUUUCUUGUGGUAGCAUCGUUAAUUGUUCUAGAGAAUAUGCAAAUGUGUUAAAUCGUCGUCAUAAAUACAACAAGCGUCGUGUGUUUUAAAAUGUAUUGUAUAAGUACUUAUAAAAGCCAAACACUAAUGAGACAUAAAUAUAUUAUGUACUUACUACCUAUUCAGUACGUAAGCAGUUACUGUGUAUUUUUGUAUGCUAUUUGUAAAUUACAAUUGAGAAUAAUGUUAUUUUCAAUACAAUAGGUAAAAUAUAGGCAGAUAAUUUUAUUUUUAAUGAGGCGUUAGUUGCCAAUGACAAUAUUACUAUUAGAUUUAUUUACAAACAAGUAAAUUAGAUAUGUAGAGUUAGUGUACUAGUGCAACUUUGUUUCAUUCUUCAGUCUGAUAGCCGAUCGUUUCUUUCUUUAUUCUGGUUAGGACAAUAUUAAAAUAAUAAUAAAAACACCAUUAACAAUAAGCUUUACCGCUUUAUAUUGGAAAUUAGUUAUAAUAUUACGAAUCAUUUCAUUUUUGUUGGUGUCAUUGGCAAUUUAAAGUAAUUGUUUGUGUGUUAAUGUGUGUUUUAUAUGAAAUACAAGGUGUAAAAUAAACAGCAUUAAGAACUUUACUAAAAUGCACUGCCUAGUUAGCUAAAUAAAUACCGAAAAUCAGACAGAUUUGCUGGUGGUAGGAUAUAUUUAUAUCCACCAGGAUAGCAGCCACCGUACACAAGGUUUUAAAACCCGCCAUAUUGGCCCACGUAAGUGUCGCGUUCUGGGAACAGCUUGUGUAUAUCCAGUUCCAGCAGGCCGGGAUAAUUGUGUUGGACAUUUAUGACAUUCUAUCGGACCUCACUCAACUUACAAUCAGGUGCAGCGGGAUUAUUUUGCCGUGCCAUAUAAAAAAAAAAAUAUCAUUAAUUUACUUGUGUAUAUAUUAUAUACGGAAGAACCCUUUUAAAAUCACUUUGAAGUCCGGCUGUUUGUUCAAAAUAACAAGAACAAAGUAACUAAAAUGUUUGCAAAGCUACAUGAGAGGCCAUAAAAUUCCACUGAUUUACGUGUGUACCUAUUAAUAUGCUUACACAUAUAUGUAGAUAUGUAUUUGUUUACUAAGAGGAACUGAUAUCCCACAUUAUACAUGCCGUAAAAAUACCAGAUCGCUUUUAUUUUACAUCUUGUAUUUAAAAUUUAAAUAUGCUAAUAGGCACAACUACUUAGGUGGUUGAAAUGUUGACUUGUUGCUAGGUCGUCAUAAUAGACAACACUGUUCGAUUCAAAGGUAGAACUGUAUUUAAAUAGAAAUAUUUAAAAUGAUUAAGAUAGUACAAUAAUAGCGGUAGCUUCAUAGACUUAAUAGUCCAUAAAAUAUCUGUAAAUAAAAAAGAAGUUAAUUUUGUCAAAUAUUUUAUUGUAAACACAUAGAUUUAGGUAUGUAAGUAACAAAGAAAUUUUAAAUAGUUAAGCUAAACUAAAUUUCGAAAUUAUUGCUAUUUACUUGUAUUAUCAAUAAUCAAAAUAUGAACUUAUAAGGUCAUAGAAAGCAGACAAAAACUUACAGCGGGUUUGCAAAAACCGCCUUAAUGAUGUCAUCAGGAGAAACAUACCUAUAGCAAAGUAGGUAGGUAAGCACCGAUACUUUGCUAUAUAAACUCAGCUCUUAUACAAUUAUUACCUAGGUACUAAGUAUAUAUAUAAUACAUAAGUAUUUCAAUGUAAGGGCUGGCUUAAUAAAUCAAUCUCACCUUUGAGUAAAAUCUCACGUAGACUUUUAAUGUAUUGAACUAUUUAAUAAACGAAACAUAAGCUGUCUCAAGAGCUUGUUCUUAGCUCAGUCGGCGCUGUUAAAUAAACAAAACACAGCUGUUAGAAUCCGUCACAUGUGAUUUAAGGUAUCAUUUGAGCUAGUGUCAUUAUGGGUUUCCAAAAUUACGAUUAUCUUAAGAUGCUGAGCGUAAUUUGAUAGUGUCUCAACUGAUAAUGCGCUUCAGAGCUAAACCGAGUUGCAGACAUGACCCGUAGAUACUUAAGUAGGUGAAAGUUUAAUGUAAGCAAUAAUUUAAGUAGUUCGUAUUUCUUAAUGGUAUCACUUAAAGCAGUCUUUAUAGACUCGCUGUAAGAAAAUACCUAUAUACAUAUAUGUACUUAAUGUUGGUUAUUUUGGGAUAGAGCUUUUCUACUACAAAUCGCUCAUGUACGUGCUACGACGAUAUGACGUGAUCUUAUCUACAAAUUAUAGUAUAACAAUAAAUGGUUUAUUACAACUUAUAACUUUAUUACGCGCAAUGUAUUCAGUUAAUUUAUGAAAGUUUAAAUAUUUGUGUCACAGACAAUUUGUUCCGAAUGAUUACUUCAAUUUGUACUUAUCUAUUUUCUCUUAUCAAUAAACUCUUUAAAUAAAUGGAUCUGGCAAAUAUAAGCUUUGUGAAAUAUGGUACGUCAAUUGAAAAUAAUAGUGCCUAGAGUACUCGGUAGAUAAUUUACGCAGGUCAUUUUUUUUCUAUAAAUGUAUACUGUUUAAGUUAAAAUAUAAUAUAGU